GGCGCAUCUCUUAUCGAUUUAUUUAAACCAUAAAUGUAUAAUUUUAAGUCCAUAGAUAUGAUAACAGUUCAGUAUAUAUAUAUGUCCUAUAAAAAGUUCUGGCAUGAUUGUAUAGCAUCUUCUGGAUCCACGCAAUCAACAGAGACAAAAAUGAAAUUCUUCGUUGCCUUCGUUGCCCUUGUGGCCAUUACCGUCGCCAGCCCGGUGAGCAAGCCCGUCGACCAUGACCUGGCUCACUUGGAAGCCAUCAUCGCUGCCAUCAACAGUCCCAGCACCGACCCCGCCACCGCCGCACUCCUAGAGCAGCAGCUCUUCGACAUCGUCAGCGCUGUCAGCCCUGUUGACGUUGGACCUGCUAUUGUCCCCCAACCAGAACAGGAGCCAGUUGAGGAAAUUGCCCAGGAUAUCCCCCAGCCUGACUUCGGUGCCGUCACCAACCCUGUUGUCCCCUCCCCUGUGGUGGUUGGACCUAUCCCCGAAGGUGCUCCUUCUCCGCUUGUCCAGAUCAUUGUGAACAUCAACCACGCCUCCAAACCCGAGCCCAUCCCCAUUGGCCCAGUAGUUGAGCCUGAGCCUGUUGACAUCGUUGAAGUUGAGCCUGUACCCGUCCAGGUCGUCGAUGUUAAGCCUGAGCCUGUUGAUAUUGUGCCCGAACCAGUUGUGGAGCCUGAGCCCGUGCCCGUAGAGCCCGUGCAAGUUGAGGUCCCCAGCCUACCCGAGCCCGCUGUCCUGCCUGAUGAGCUCAACUAAACAGCCUGAUGACAGAUUAUGUAUCACUAUGAUGUAACGAAUUGUACUUACUAAUUUGUACGUUUAAAUAAAUUG